AUGGCCAACGACUCGUACGAGAAAGCCAUUGCUGCUCUUCAGCAGCUUCUCAGUGAGAAGGCAGAAUUAGGACCGGUUGCGGCCUCGAAAAUCGAUAGAAUUACAGGCGAGUUACAAAGUAUUGUUGAAAGCAAAAAAUUUGAUCCAGUUGAGAGAUUGAAAAACGGCUUUAUUCACUUUAAACGAGAGAAAUAUGAAAAGAAUCCGUACUUGUUUAAGGAACUCUCCAAAGGCCAGAGCCCCAAGUUUAUGGUGUUCGCUUGCUCGGAUUCUCGCGUAUGCCCAUCACACAUGCUAGAUUUGCAACCCGGGGAGGCAUUCAUGGUUAGAAACAUUGCCAGCAUGGUUCCUGCAUACGAUAAGAUCAGAUAUUCUGGAGCUGGAGCAGCAAUUGAAUAUGCUGUUCUGCACCUCAAGGUGCAGGAAAUUGUAGUCAUUGGACAUAGCUGCUGUGGAGGAAUCAAGGGCCUCAUGUCUAUCCCGGACGAUGGAACUACUGCCUCUGAAUUCAUUGAAGAUUGGGUGAAGAUUUGUUUAGCUGCCAAGACAAAGGUAAAGGCGGAGAGUGGCAACUCAGAAUUCACUGAUCAAUGCACAAACUGUGAGAAGGCUGCAGUGAAUGUAUCACUUGGGAACCUGCUGACAUAUCCUUUUGUUAGAGAGGGUUUGGUGAAGAACACUUUGGCACUAAAGGGUGGUUACUAUGAUUUUGUCAAAGGAAGUUUUGAACUGUGGGGACUGGAUAUUGGCCUUUCUCCAUCUCUUUAUGUAUCAAGUGAGAAUCUAUAUUUCUCUGAGUCUGCUUUUAGCAAGUUCAGUAAGAUGGAUUAA